AUUGUUUUUAGUAAAGUGUAAUAUUUUGAACGCUCGACUUAGAAAAUUUUCGGAGGAAUUUAUAAUUUUAGUUUUUAAUUAUCAAACAAGUUAAAAAAAGAAAGAAGAAAAAAAUGUUUACAACAGCCACGAAAAGAAGAAUUUUAAUUAUAAUUUUUAUAGUAAUAAUUAUUUGGCAAAUAUGUCGUCUAGUCGGUAUUCCCUUGUCAUGGCAAUCGGAUGAUAUUAUGGUGAGACCCUUUGGUGCUCCAGUUUUAGUUAUGGUAUUUUAUGAAUCUUUAUGUCCAGAUUCAAAAAAUUUUAUACUCAAACAAUUAGUCCCUACCUACAGAAAAGCACCCGAUCUCAUUGAAAUUCAAUUUGUUCCAUAUGGAAAAGCAAAGACUGAAAUUAAUGCUGAUGGUUCGCUCAAAUUUGACUGCCAACAUGGACAAUUAGAGUGCCAAGGUAAUAUUUAUCAUGCAUGUGCAAUUGAAGCCAUUGAAGAUCCUAAAACAAAAUUAGAUGUUGUUGCUUGUAUGAUUCGAGACAAUCGUUUGCCAAAAGAAGCAAUGCAAAAAUGUACAAGAGAGCAUCAUGUUGAAACAGCUGAACUUAUACAAAAAUGUUAUGAUAGUCCACACGGCUCUGAACUUUUGAAACUUCAUGGUGAAGCAACACAUGCAUUAAAGCCACCUGUAUCUUUUAUUCCAACAGUUACAUUAGAUGGAUCACAAGGUCGACAGGCUUCAAUUUUAAAAGAUUUAUUUGGUGAAGUGUGUAAAGUUGCCGCAGGUAGAGGACCGUUACCAGAAAUUUGUCUGUAGUAUAAAUAUGAAUAAAUAAGACUUUGAUAAUUUUUACAAAAAUAAGACAAAAACUUGGUGUUUUCGCACAUCGGAAGGAUAUAGAAUGAAAUCCUAUUUUUAGAUUUAUUAAAAUUCUUAUAGGAAACAUAAAUAGAAUUAUAUUUUUUUUUCUUCUAUAUUCAUUCGAUAAUAGAAUUUAUUAGAUAAAAUUUUUAGUAUAAUUAUUAUUUUUGGAUGUGAUUUUCAUAAAAUACAAGAGAUAAAUAAUUAUGUAUCGAAACCAAAUCAAAAAAAUUAAUCAUUAAAUAUAAUUAAAAUUUAGGAAAGGUUUUAUCUAUUUAAUUUUUAGUUAUAUUAUUUUAGUUGUAAAGUAUUUAGUUGCUAACAAACUUAAUUAAAAAUACAAUAUAUAUUAAUUUAUGAUAAGCAAUAAAAUUUUGCAACGUUUAAUACGUUCGCAAAUGAAAAUAUAUUAAAAAAACAAACGAAAAUAACAGUUUAAAUAAUUAGGAAACUAAAUGAACAAAGACAAAAAAUAUGCUAAAAAAUUCAAUUAUUUAAAAAAACCAUAAACAAAUUUUAAAUAUUUAAAUAUAAUUGUCAGAAUAUUGUAAUUUUUAAUUGAACAACUGAUAUUUUUGUUUUAAAUGCAUUUUUCUAUUUUGAAUGCAUUGAUUACAUACCGUCUCUAAUAUAAUAAAAGUACAUAUUUAAAUUUUUUGAAUUUCACACUUUUAAAAUUGAAGCUAAUGUGCACCCAGAUAAAUAAAUAAUAAUUAUUAUUGCUUUUUUUUUUUACGAAUCUGCACUUAAUUUGAAAAAGAGAACAUAAAAUUUCUUUUUUAAAUUUUUUGGACUUUCUUUAAUGUGGAAACUAAAACUAAGAUUGAAUUUAAAUAUAUAAAUUGGAAAAUAAUGUAGAAAUUUCUAUAGUCGUGCAAUAUUAAAUUAAACGUAUUUUAAAUAUAUUGAAAAUACUUUUUUAUACUUAUACCUCAUUGUUUUUAAUUAUCAUUAAUGUUAUUGCUAAGUAAUUAGAAGCAAAUUUAUGAACAAAAAACAUGGUUUACGUGUGAAAUUAAUUUUAUGAACAAAUUCAUUUGCUAAUGCAAAUAUUCUAUUCUUCCUACUGCGUUAAAUGAAGAAAUUCUUGUAGAACUCAUGCAUUGUAGUUUAGCAAUUUGCUAAAAUAUUUUGUAUGAGUUUUUUUUUUAAAUUCUUUCCGUUUUUAUGUAUGGCAUUGUUAAAAUAUAACUUAUUACGUGAUUUAUUUUUAUAUUCUAGAAAAUAUUUUUUUUAAAGUUUUACACAUUUUUUGCCAGUAGAAUAAAUUUUUACUAUCCACCCUAAAAACAACUUUUUUAACCACAAAAUAUGCUUUAAAAAAGUUUAACUUCAUUUUUUAAAUGAUUUGAAAACUUUAGAAUAAUUUUUUUUUCAAUGUUUUUACAAUGUGCUGCUAAAUUUGAUCAUAUUUAAAUUAAUAUAAUAAAACGUAGUCUAAAUAAUUAUAGAUCUCAUUUUAAUCAUACAUAUAUUGCCUAAAAUCAUAAAUUCCAAUUCUCAAUUCAUUAUCACUGUAACAGUUAAGUAACAACUACUAUGAUGGCAUUUGCACUGCCUGAAAUAAAAGUACAAAUUGGUUAUGAUUAGUAGUUAAAAAAAAAACAAAACAAAAAAACAAGUAACCCACUGACAUAAAUAUGUAGAUGUAUGUAUACUUUCAUAUAAUAUACAAUAUAUUUGUAAAUUUAAUGUUUGGGAUUGGAGUAAAUCAUUUAUAGAGCAUAUAUAUAUAAAAUUUAAAUUUGUUUCAUUAGCAAUAGAUUUUAAUCCCAAAAUUUAAAGUGUUAAAUGGUUGUAAACUAAAUUAAGAUGUAGAAAGAACAAUUGAAGAGAUUUUUUUUUUUUAUUUUAAAAAUAUUAAGUACUAUUAAUUUAUUCGUUUUUCAUAGUUUUGUUAUUAUUUUCUUAAUUUAAAAUGUGUGCUAUUUUAUUUGGAUCAAAAUAUAAAAUAUUAAUGAGAUUUAUAGAUUUAGUCAAUAAAGAUAAAAAAAAAUAGUUAAGAAUUUUUUUUAGAAUUUAAAAAAUAAAAAUUUAAAAAUAACAUAAAUUGCUUUUUUUAAAAUUAUAAAAAAAUUAUUAAAGCUAAUGUACCUAUGAGCAUAAAAUUAAAGCUUUUAUGCAUUAAAAUUUUGAGGGCUAUAUGGUUCUAAAAAUUUUGUUUUUUUUUUUCAGUUUUAAGACCAAAUUAAAAAAGAGAAUAUGCUAAAAUUAAUUCAAAUCAAAAUAAACUAAAUUUUUUUACCUAUAAUUAAAUUAGGAAUCCAGAUGUAAUGAAAGGGGGAAUUACAUUGCUUAUUCGAAGAUUUAUUUUAGCAUAAUCGAAUCAAAUUUAAAAUUUAGUUUCAGAAUUCAUCAUUUUUGUCUAUUUAACAAAAAAAAAAUAAGAGCAUAGCCAAGUAUUUCCAUAUACUUUUAAUGAAUUAAGCUUAGAUAUAAAAAGCAAUUUAAUUUCAUUUUGAGCUAUUUACAAAAAAAAAAAGAAAUUAUGAAUGUGUGUAUGUAAAAUUUAAUAUGAAAAAAGGUAGUCUAUUUUAUAAAAUUUUCUUUGUUUUCUUUAAAUUUUGUCAAUCUAUUCGAUACAAUCUAUCUUUUAAAAAACCUAACAUUUUUAUAUAAAAAAAUUACAAAAAAAAAAACUCAAUUAUUUAUACUUAUAAUUAAAUUAUCUUAUAAUCCAAAAUAUCAAUAUUGACAAAAAAAAAAAUUAAUUCAAACGAAAUUA